UAUAUUGUGACGCACGCUGUGAUGACCAGUGACGACUGACGACGUGCGUCACCUGACUAGUCUAUUAGCUUCUGCUCUAUAUCGUCUACACACUCCGUUGUUAGACAGAUCGAAAAUAUACGAGCAUAAAAAUACAGCGCUCUCAUGUUGAUUUGUGCUUUAAACAUCUGAGCCGUGGCUGUAUUCGCCUGGUGGCCGGUACGACCAUUAGACGUAGUGGUGGAUGAGUGGAGGUAUCCAGUUAAAGGCCAUUUGUCGUCACCUGACUUGAUUGAAACGGGCAAUCGGAGAGGCUAUUAAUCUAUUAAUCUCCGUGCAUAUUUCUGACCAACAUCAACUUAGAGCGGAAAGUGCGGUUGCGAGAUUUGAGGUGUUCACGAAAUGUUUAGUUGGUCUAGCGCUACAUUCGACAAACUCUUGGACAAAGCUACCAGUCACCUAUUACUGGAGCCCGACUGGCCCUCUAUACUUCAGAUUUGCGAUUGCAUUCGGCAGGGGGAUGUCCAGCCCAAGUACGCGAUAAGCGCCGUUAAGAAGAGGCUGUACACUAGGAAUCCUCACGUUACACUGUUUGCAUUACAGGUUCUAGAAUCGUGCGUGAAAAACUGUGGAGCCCCAGUUCACAAUGAAAUUGCUACUAAGCAGUUUAUGGAAGAACUUCGUGAUCUGGUGAAGGCAAAUACCAACGAAGCAGUGCGAGACAAGGUUCUUGAGCUGUUACAGGCCUGGGCCCAUGCCUUCCGUAACGACCCUAACUACCGUUCUGUGCAGGACACGCUCAACCUUAUGAAAGUUGAAGGGUACAAGUUCCCACCAUUGAAGGAAAGUGACGCCAUGUUUUCAGCCGACCAAGCACCCGACUGGGCAGAUGGCGAGUGUUGUCACCGCUGCCGCGUUCAGUUCAGUCUGGUGCAAAGAAAGCACCACUGCCGUAACUGCGGCCAGAUCUUCUGUCAGAAAUGCUCUUCCCAGGCUGCUCCCAUUCCACGCUACGGUAUUGAAAAGGAAGUUAGAGUCUGUGAAGCCUGCUUUGAGAAAUUGAGCAGCCUCGCACUCUUAAGUGUAACAAAAUCACCAAGGUCUUCGCAGAAAAGCACAGAGGAGUCUUCACCAGUGCACCAAACAAACUCAUCUGCGCCCCCAGGCAAGUCAGAGCAAGAGCUACAAGAAGAGGAGGAGCUACAGUUAGCACUCGCUCUGUCCAAGAGUGAAGCUGAGACGAAACAGCGUCCCGUUAGCUGGCAGCCACCAUCGACUCAGAGCACUGUUAAUGCUUCAAGCCAGCAGGAAAAGCCAAGCACUGAGCGGAAGUCCGAGAACAGUGCAACGGAAUCGGACCCAGAGCUCGCACACUAUUUAAAUCGCUCGUACUGGGAACAGCGCCAGCAGGGGCAGGACUCACCCGGUGGGACACCUUCGGUAAACAACCGACAAAGUCCGGUGCCAAGUGCACCUGCCACAGCUGUGUCGUACUCACCCAAGCAUGCUCAGCAACCCACACAAGGCAUCAGCAUUCCUAUCAAGGGUGCGAGUGAUGCGGCGGGCGGUGACACAGAGCUGGAUGAGUUUACUGGCCAGCUGCAGAGUACACUUGAGGUGUUUGUUAACCGACUGCAGAGCAACGCAGUUCGUGGUCGCCACGUGUCCAAUGACUCUUAUGUACAGAGCCUUUUCUUGAGCCUAAGCAGUAUGCAUUCAAAGCUUCUGCACUACAUACAAGAAAUGGAUCAGAAAAGAGAGUAUUACGAGGGUCUUCAAGACAAGCUGAGCCAGAUUCGAGACGCCCGAGCUGCAUUGGAUGCCUUGCGUGAGGAACACAACGAGCAGUUACGGCGGCAAGCUGAGGAGGCAGAUCGUCAACGCCAGAUUCAGAUGGCUCACAAGUUACACAUUAUGCGCGAGAAAAAGCGGGAAUAUUUGCAAUAUCAGCACCAGUUAGCUUUGCAAAAGAUGCAAGAACAGGAGAGGGAAAUGCAAAUGCGUCAAGAGAUGCACAAGCAGCAGUACUACAUGGGUUAUGGACAGCCACAGGGGCCGUUGCCACCAGGAAUGCCACCCCAGGGGAUGCCACAGCAAGGUGGUCCACCCCAUGGGAUGCCCCAGCAAGGUGUUCCACCCCAGGGGAUGCCCCAGCAGGGUGUUCCACCCCAGGGGAUGCCACCACAGAGCAUGCCACAGCAAGGGAUCCCACUGCAAGGGAUGCAUCCUCACGGUAUUCCUCCCCAAGGGUUACCACCACAGGGUAUGCCACCUCACGGGAUGACAACACAAGGGCUACCGACACAGGCACUGCAGCACCAGUCUGUGGGCCCACAGUCUAUGGUCUCACAUACCAUGCCCCCACAUUCUAUGGCCCCGCAACCAGUGCCUCCAUGUUCUAUGCCCCCACAAACCAUGGCGCCACAGUUCAUGCCGCCUCCAUCGAUGGCGUUACCAUCUAUGCCACCGCAAGCGCUACAGCAGCAGACAGUUUCACCUCCAAAGACAUCACCGCCUCAUGGCCACCCACAAAACCUCGGGCAACCUGCAGGGCAACUUUAUGGAGGUGUCCCACCACAAGGCAUCCGCUUUCCAAAUGACUUUCACCCUUACCUUGUUCAUGGUGCGAUGGGGCCGCAGCCCCAAAAUGGUCCUCAGCAUGGUCUGCCGACAGGCACAGAGCACAACCAGGUCCCUAUGGCCCCACCAGAGCCUGCACUUAUCAGCUUUGACUGAAAUUAUCCCUACUGCCUAGUACAAAGGACACGGUUGCCCUAAUAUGGUAAAAGGCUCGAGGUGGUACUACUGCUCACUAGUGGCUAAAUGGCAAGUUGGUGCAAUUGUUUGUAACAGUAAUUAAAAUGAGACUGUAUUUAUUUGAUGGCUUUGUACAACAUUCCCGUUGGCUUUUGGUCGUUAUGUAUAAUAAAUGCUAGAGAAUCUUA